AGCAAGGACCCGACCCCGAAUAGGUAAUUUUUCUGAAAAACCGUGAACCAACUCACUAUAUCUUAACUUUGAUUUCACUCAUUUCAUUCACCAGAACCGACCUUGGUAACACCAACCACACAAACGACGCCAGCCCCAGCCGACCAAUCAAUCAUACCUUUGGUCCAGACUCAGGCACUUCCUCGCCAAACCCCUACUCCACUUCUCACUUUGCCAAUGAGCAGCCGGGCGGAGGACCCGACAAGGAAGCAAACUCUUCCUCCUGCACCGAGGAGCGGUCGGGCCAGGCCCCCGACCAGGAGGCAAUCUUUACCAGCACUGCCUAUAGAACCAGUAAGUCCUCUUCGUCAGCAAUACUCAGGAUUCUGAUGAUCAACCCUGGUGUAGUUAACAACAUUUCCCUAAUUUUUCACAGACACCUUCACUAAUCGCAUCAGCAGCAGGGGUCUCUUCAGACAGCGAGGGGACUACUUCCCAGAUGGGUCGACCGCCAUACAUGGCAUCAGACUCAUCCAUUUCGAAGGAAGAACCAGCUGCCCUUGCCAAAGCUGACCCUCAAGACGACAUCCCUGCUGCUGCUGAUCCCGAAAUAGUCCAAUCGGAUGCAGCUGCGCUGGAAACCGAAAGUGCCUCGGCUGCGGCUAUCCCAGUUGCUCCUGAGAUACCGGCUGCAGUGGCUCUAGAUGCAGCUGCCCAACCUGCAGCCGCCCAGCCAGCAGCGGCGCUACCUCCAGCAAUCGAGUGGCAGGCAGAAGAACCACCUGUGGCAGCCCAACCUCCAGAAUUAGAAGAACUUUCUUCGUCCGAUUCGGAGACUUUUGUGAAUUUGGGACCCAGGUCGGCACCUCAGCGACCAUUCGCAGCAGCCGACGAGUCGGCUGCUAUUAUACCAGCUGUCCGCCCUACUCGACCGACCUCAUUGUUGCCCCCUUCACUGACAGCAGUUCGCCCAGAGGUGACACAUAUCUUAUCUGAAUAA